UUGAAGGCAGUUUUGGGGGUAGCGACUUCAAAAUUUCCUUAAAGCUUCAACGUUCGCUCCUUCCCUAAACAAUCGCAACCCUUCUCUCUGUCUCUCUUUCUCUUAAACUCAACGCACUCAAACUCAACAGUUUAACGGACACUUAACUUGCCAAAGAACUAAGGCCAUGGCCUUAACUUUUGAUUUGUAGAGAAGGAAGUUGAAUUUCUUCUCUUGCAUUCUGCAACCCUCUCUCUCUCUCUCUCUCUAGAAUUAGGGUUUUGGAGAAUUACACUCGAAAAGCGGGAAAGGUUGAAGUUUUUCACUUGCAGAGCAUACGAUUGAAAUUCUUCUCUGUAUUGUGCCACUCCUCUUAAAAGUUUCUCUGUGGAACUAGGGUUUUCGAUAUUUAUAUCUACAAGACUCAUAGAGAGCCACCUUUUCAGUUGCAGAGAAGAGAAAUUUCUUCUCUUCUUUCUGGCUCACUCUGUAACGUUCUCUCUGGCGUAAGGGUUAGGGUUUCCUUUUUCCUUCCAAAUAACUUGAAGCAAAUGAAGGACCUCCAUAGCUUAGCAACCCCCAAUUUCCAGCUCUGUGUACCCUCUGCUAAAACCCCACAUUUUGAAACCCAUAUUUGAAACUCUCGCGUGAGACUAACUAAUACUCAUGCUUUUGCCCUAGCUCCGAAAGCCUAAACCUAGUCCACCUUCCAUGGAAAAGCGUGCAGAAGAUGAGUGGGAGGUUUGCAAUGAAGAUGGAUUCAUCUACAAGAGGAGGAAGAAGGAAACCUCAGCCGCUCGUGCUGGACCGGCGACUGAUCCAACGGUGGAGAUGAGGCAUAUGAAACUUCUGAAGAAAAGGGCUUUGCUAAAAAUGAAGGAGGGGUACAUUAGAGAGAUAAAACAAUGGGAAGAUCUCUCUCUUCAAUUGCAAAAGAUGAGAGAAAAGAGCCAAGCUUUGGCUGAGAAUUCCCCUGGUCAACCAGAAAGUCCUCUUCCACGUUUGCCUGAAAACAAUUUCAGGCCAUUGAUUGACGAUCUUCUGUUCCAGGCAGAAGUUCAAGAGGCGAUUCUACAGGAUUUCUCGAAUCUCUGUCAAAUGGCGGACGCGCUCUGUGAAGCUGAGGAGAAUCGUCAAAAACAGGCGUUGAUUGACCUUCCAAUAUGGGAAAAUCCAUUAUCCAUCAUGAACUCUUUAGCAGAGCUUGAAGGAGAUGCUAACCAGAGAACCUGAAAGUCAUCUCCCCUCUCUCUCUUUCUGUAUCAUGGCCUAUUUAACAGAGCUUGAAAAGACCAGGUCAUUAACCAGAAAGCCUGGAAUCUCUCUCUCUCGCUCUUUCUCAUAUUGAUUUAUAUUUUUCUUCAAGGCAGUGUUUUGCAUCUGAAUCUAAGAACUCAUGCAAGCAUUCUCUGUAGAAGAUGAGAUUGCAUGGCGUGAUGAGGAGUGAAAAAUUACUGGGCAAUGAAUUUAGCUGCUCCCGUCUCUUGAUAU